CAUCUGUGCAAUCGUGAUGCACGACUUGACUCGACCAAUACGCAGCUCGACGCAAAUUCUCGUGAGCCCCAUCGAACGGUUCGGGUCACAGCGAGGAUAGGAUCUCCUCUCAGAUUGAAAAGUCUGCCCUGCCACUUGUCCCCCCUGCCCCUACCCCGGACAAGAGGGAGAUCGAGGCCAUCAUCAAAAGCGAGGAUCAUUUCGCCAAACUUCGGAAGGGAAUCGCAAUCUUAGCUCAUCUGAGCCACCGAAGCAAUAGUUCUGGAUCACUGGAAAAAGCUGACAGAACAUGGAUAUCACACACCGUAUCUUGCUGGCGUUGCCUAUAGCGGUUGCCGCGAGCUCUGCUUGCCUCUACGUUCCAACCCUUCCAAAGGACCCGAGUCAGCCUGGAACGAUUCGACUCGAGACUACAGAAGAUGACGAGCCGGAGGAACGCACUCUUGUUGAAACGGAUCAGGGUGCCGUUUCGGUGGACUCGGACGAAUUUGCAACGUUUAGGCCUGAAAGCAUCGACGGGGUGCCGAUAAAAGGUCAGGAGGAGAUCUUCUGGAGACGGAUGAACCGCCUCAAACUCGCAAAUCUCGGAUUUUUGCUCCUCCCAACAUUGUCCAACUUGUUCGCUUUUGGAUGGUAUAUAGGCAAUAAUCACGGUUACGCAAAAUCGACAUUGGCCAUACUGGCAGGAAUCAUACCCGUCCACGUCUACGCCCUCUCUCUCGGGCUCUUGCAUCUCUCUCAAAGCUCCGUACCGCAGCACUACGCUACCACAUUACACGAGGCCAUCCUCUUAACGGUGACCUGGCUUUGCCAGAUCGUUUUCGUCAUGCUUCCCGAUGCGACGAUCGCUCGGGGAGAUAACGACGUCUUCUCACCCCUGGCCUCGACCACCUGGGACAUGUACAACAUAGCACUUCAACCAUUGUUGCUCUUUCCAGCGCUCGUUAUCGUUGUGGCCGUAAUACCCAGGGGACCGGAGCUCUAUUUCCCCAUGGAGAAGCUGUUCACGAAACAAUUGUUGGAUUCGAUGAAAGAGCAUUAUGCCCAAAACGAAAAGGGAUCAGCUUCGAUUCCAGAACUCAACGAUCGCAUUGCAAACGUCACACCGGAACUCAGUAGUACGGUGCUCGGAUCGGUAUUAUUCUUAUACGUUGAGCCACUGCUUCACAGAGCAAAGAAGUCGACGUCCUUUCACGUCUGGCAGCUUCCUAUCUUACCUCGAAGCAUGAGAUCAAUGUACAACUUCCGGCUCAUGCGAAGUGUAUUUGGAGAUACCCGGAAGUUGAAAAGGUAUCACAAACGAAGCGGAAUGCUCGGCAGACUCGACGACUUGCCGGAAGGCUGGAAUUUGCUGGCAAAGGUAUUCUGGGCAAAUAAGGGCCUGUUUACUUGGGUCGUGGUCCUCGCUGCAACUACCGCCGCGCUGUACUAUCUUCCCGCCGUAUUUCUCCAGCAAUUGACUCAAUAUCUGCAGGACAACCCUGACCGCAAGAAUAUCCGGUAUGGUUGGGUCAUGUGUUUUGGAUUGGCAGCUUCGAACAUUGUCAUGUUUCUGGCAGUCGGAAUCUUGUGGUAUAUCACCAGCACGCAAUUGUCUAACAGGAUCAAGCUACAGUUGAGUACCCUACUCUUCAGUAAGACCCUGGUCAAGAAGGAUCUGGCGGCGACGAACAAAGGUAGCUCGAAAGCAGAAGCAAAGGAGAACAGACUCGCGGAGGCCGGCGAUGAUCAAGCGGGCGAGAGCAAAGAUGGCCCUCUUGAUGUGGGAGGCCCAGACGAGGAAGACGAAGAGGACGUAUCCAGUAAAGCUCAGAUUAUGACGCUAUUCACCGUGGACGUGGAUCGAGUCGCAGACUUCACCUUUCACACUUUUUCACUUAUCGAUUCCCCCAUAGAGAUCGUUGUAGGCGGGAUCUUCCUCUAUAAGCUUUUGGGUGUUUCCGCAAUCUAUGGCAUGGCAGCUUCUAUCAUUACGCUGCCACUCAAUCACUUCGCGUCCAAGAUCGUGGUUUCUACGCAAGAUGAGCUCAUGAAAGCUCGCGAUGAGAGAACAGCUGUCAUGAACGAGAUCCUUGGAAGCGUGCGGGUGAUCAAAUUCUUUGCUUGGGAGCGAAAGUUCGAGAGCAAGGUGACCAAGAUAAGGUCUCGAGAACUCAAGUACUUGCGUAGAAACUACUUGAUCGAAGUUGUUCUCAACUGGAUCUGGGCCGUCACCCCCGUCAUGGUCACACUCGUAACCUUUUUCCAUUACGUGAUCAUCGCCAAAAAGGAACUUACGCCGCCCGUGGCCUUUCCUGGCCUGUCGGUGCUUCAAGAGCUUCAAUUCAGUCUAAGCGCAUUGCCCGAGACCGCAAUUUCCGUGCUCCAAGGUUUUGUUUCGCUGCGCCGGAUACAGAAAUACCUCAGUCAGGCUGAAAUAGUGCCGGGAAACGACGACAACACCGAUGACACUGUUAGCCUACGUAGCGCAACCCUUACUUGGCCUAGAGACGUGGCAUCCGGCACCGCCACGACAGGACCUGCGUCUGUGGCACCUUCCGGCACCAACACCCCCUCGGGCUUGUUUACUCUUGCCGAUGUAAACAUCGAAUUUCCUAUCGGUCAGCUUUCUAUUGUGGCAGGCCGUUUAGGCGCCGGGAAAACCCUCUUGCUUUCUGGACUACUCGGGGAAGCAGACCUUCUGGCUGGGCAAAUCUUAUGCCCAAGAUCACCAGUGUCGGCUAUAGAAGAUUACGGGGGAACCGUGCCACCAGAAGAUUGGAUUUUAUGUGGCAACACGGCUUUCGCUUCUCAAGUCCCGUUCUUGAUCAACGGGUCUCUUCGGCAGAAUGUCAUCUUCGGAGCUCCGGAGGAUGAAGCCCGAUUCCGAUCUGUCAUUCAAGCAUGUUCCUUGCAGGCGGAUCUGGAACUCCUAGAGGACGGUGAAUGGACCGAGAUCGGCGAGAAAGGUAUAAAUAUGAGCGGUGGACAGCGAGCGCGUGUAUCGUUGGCACGAGCGAUCUAUAGCAGAGCAAGGACGAUACUGCUUGACGACGUCAUGAGCGCCCUGGAUGCACACACGCAGGCUGCCAUCGUCAAGAAUUUGUUCAAGGGACCUUUAACUGAGGGCAGAACAGUCAUCAUCGUGUCUCAUCAGAUCAAGCUGCUCUUUCCGGUGGCGGCGCAUGUCGUACUCCUUGACAACGGAGACGUCAAAUAUUCGGGAACGGUUCAGGACUUUGUCGAAGCUGGUCAUCUAGAAGAGCUUGACGAGGCUGCAGGCGAUAACACCGACUCGAUGUCAACGCAUUCAAAACCUGAAGUCGAAGAAAUUCUCGACACAGCCGCAGAUUUAUCCGAAGGUGAUGCUCAGCAGAAAGACGACGCAAAUAAUGCGGUACCUCACCACGUCCCCCGCAAGCUCGUCGAAGAUGAAAAUCGACAGACCGGCGCCAUAGCAGGCAGAACGUGGAAGACAUACUUGCGGGCACAAGGUUCCACAACCUUUUGGAUCUGCUUCUUGCUUGUUACGGUCAUUGGCGCUUGCCCCCCUUUGCUGGACCGAUACAUCUUGAAUCUGUGGUCUGCGAGUUAUUCCGAUGAUCAGCCCAAACACACGCCGCUCUACUUUAUCACAGUAUAUGCCAUCGCAACCGUAUUAGGCACCGUAGCGGCCCAAAGUCGUUUCGCAGUACUUUACAAGGGCUCACUCACAGCUUCAGAGAAGAUUCAUCGAAGCAUGCUUGAACGGGUUCUUCGGGCGACUCUCCGAUUCCACGACACCAGCAUCAGGGGUCGUACCCUCAAUCGGUUCGGAAAGGACAUGGAGGGGUUGGACAGCUCUACUGCAGACAGUUUCGGCAGAAGUGUAUUCUACCUCCUCAAUGUGAUCGUGACCCUCGGGUCUAUCACUUGGGUAGGAGGAUGGCGAUUCAUGAUAGCAGCUGUUCUGUUGGGAGCGCUGUACUACAGGGCAUCAAGUCUGUAUGGCCCGGUCUCACGAGAUCUAAGGCGACUAGACUCUCUGACUCGAUCGCCACUGUAUGCAACGUUCAGCGAGGUGAUCGGAGGUAUACAGACGAUCCGAGCUUAUGGGGCUUCUCGCUCGAUGAUGGAACGGAUGACCAAAAUUUCCGAUGCAAACAUUUCGAGUGCAGUCUUCGCCUGGACCGUCUCUCGAUGGGUUUCCGCUCGGUUCAAUAUACUGUCGUCCGCCAUUGUAGGGCUCACAGGCGUCGUCGUACUGGUCACUCCCACUUCGGCUUCGCUCGCGGGCUUUGCAUUGACAUUCGCGUUAAGCGUUAGCAACGAUUUACUAUUCGUAGUUCGUCGCUGGGUUCAGCUACAGCAGUCGAUGGUGGCAGUCGAACGACUGGACGAGUAUUGUCAGCUCCCGAUCGAAGCCGCCGAGUUUACCGACAAGGUGCCUGCCGCCUGGCCGCACGCUGGCAAAAUUGAGGUAGACAAUCUAUCUAUACAAUAUGCUCCUGGUCUCCCUACCGUCUUACACGAACUGUCCUUCGCCAUCUCACCUGGACAGAAGAUUGGCGUGUGCGGAGCAACAGGAUGCGGGAAAAGUACUCUCGCGAUGAGCCUACUAAGGUUUGUCGAACCGACAUCGGGCAGUAUCAGGAUCGACGGCAUCGACAUCACUCAGGCCGGCUUGAGUCAGCUGAGAUCGCGAGUCCAGAUUAUCCCUCAAGACCCUACCGUCCUGAGCGGCAAGCUCCGCUCUACCUUGGACGUGUUCGAUGAAUACGAUGAUGCCGCCAUCUUCGAGGCACUACGGAGAGUACACCUCUUGAAGCCGGAAGAUUCUCUUGAAGCGGAUGGCGAGAAUCGAAAUCGUAACGUUUUCUUGAACCUGGAUGCCGACGUCUCGGAGGGUGGCGACAACUUUUCGCAAGGAGAAAAGCAAUUACUCUGUCUGGCUCGGUCUAUUUUACGAAAUCCAAAGAUCCUCAUCAUGGACGAGGCGACCGCCAGCAUCGACUACGAGACUGACGCCUUGAUCUCGAGGACUAUUCGCGAAGAAUUUACCGAAUCGACUUUGAUCACAAUCGCGCAUCGCCUGACGACCAUCAUCGACUAUGACAAGAUUCUGUUCCUGGAUGCAGGUCGUAUUGCGGAGUUCGACUCGCCCCGCACGUUGCUGAUGGACAGCUCUUCGAGGUUCUACAAGCUAUGUGAAGCUACUGGACGACUCGAGUUUGCGAGCCUUCUUCGAGCAGCGGGUGUCAAUCAAGACGACCAAGAGCCGACUCGAGACUCGUAGAUACUCUGCCGAGCUGCCGAAACAAUCACCGUAGUCCUUCCUGUUCGCGCGCGGUUUUGACCGAACAGCCAGAAUGGUCGGAAAUGUCCGCGAGGGGUCGAUCGGGUCGACGCCAUCGAGAUGAAUGUAUUUGCUUCUGGCUUGUCGUAUAUCUUUGCAAACUCUCAGAGCU